GGCCAUCUACCUACCCAACACAUCCAUCCAUCCUCUACCAGUCUACCGGGAGGAGAGGAGAGGAGAAGAAACCUGUAGCGGCACGCACCCGCCCACGCCAUUAAUACCUCCCUACCUCCGUGCUCCGCCCAGACACCACACAACACCCUCGUGCUUCUCGCCCCGCCCCCAACCACCCACGCGCCGGCAGCGAGAGCUAGGAGGACUAAGAUGGCGGCGGACGGCGGAGGGGAGCCGGACCACCUGGCGGGGGAGAGGGCGACGGCGCAGUUCGACGUCGACGGCAUGAAGGUCGCCUGGGCCGGCUCCCGCCACGCCGUCGAGGUCGCCGACCGCAUGGCCCGACUCGUGGCCUCAGACCCCGUGUUCCGCAAGGAUACCAGGACGAUGCUCUCCAGGAAGGAGCUGUUCAAGGACACGCUCAAGAAGGCGGCGCACGCCUGGAAGCGCAUUGUCGAGCUGCGUCUCACAGAGGAGGAAGCAAACUUGCUGAGGCUGUACGUUGACCAGCCCGGUUAUGUCGAUCUCCAUUGGGGCAUGUUUGUUCCUGCCAUAAAAGGGCAAGGGACCGAGGAGCAACAGAAGAAAUGGUUACCUAUGGCGUACAAGUUCCAAAUAAUCGGAUGCUAUGCUCAGACUGAACUUGGUCAUGGUUCAAAUGUUCAGGGUCUCGAGACAACUGCCACAUUUGAUCCAAGUACCGAUGAGUUUGUUAUGCACAGCCCGACUCUGACCUCUAGCAAGUGGUGGCCUGGUGGCUUGGGAAAAGCUUCCACUCAUGCAGUUGUGUAUGCUCGUCUCAUAACGGAAGGAAAAGACUAUGGCAUACAUGGUUUUAUCGUGCAGUUGCGAAGCUUAGAUGACCACUCUCCUCUUCCUGGUGUGACUCUCGGUGAUAUUGGUGGAAAGUUUGGCAGCGGGGCAUAUAACAGUAUGGAUAAUGGUGUUCUGCGCUUCGACCAUGUGCGCAUCCCAAGGGAUCAAAUGUUGAUGAGGCUUUCCCAAGUUACAAGGGAGGGAAAGUAUGUGCACUCAGAUGUACCAAAGCAGCUGCUAUACGGGACAAUGGUUUAUGUCCGUCAGACAAUUGUCGCAGAUGCUUCCAAGGCUUUGUCCCGUGCUGUUUGCAUUGCUGUAAGGUAUAGUGCUAUCCGGAAGCAGUUCGGUUCCCAAGAUGGUGGCCCUGAGACUCAGGUCCUCAAUUACAAGACUCAACAGAGCAGGCUCUUCCCUUUGCUGGCUUCAGCUUAUGCAUAUAGAUUUGUGGGUCAGUGGUUGAAGUGGCUAUACACGGAUGUCAAUCAGAAGCUGGAAGCUAAGGAUUACUCAACACUGCCAGAGGCUCAUGCCUGUACUGCUGGGCUCAAGUCCGUGACAACAUCUGCAACAGCUGAUGCGAUUGAAGAAUGCCGAAAGCUCUGUGGUGGGCAUGGUUACCUGAACAGCAGUGGGCUCCCUGAACUUUUUGCGGUCUAUGUUCCUGCCUGCACCUAUGAAGGAGACAAUGUCGUUUUGCUGUUGCAGGUUGCAAGGUUUUUGAUGAAGACGGUCUCUCAGGUGGCCGCUGGGAAGCAACCUGUCGGCACCAUAGCUUACAUGGGCAACAUACAGCACUUGAUGCAAUGCAAAAGCGCUGUAAAUACAGCUGAAGACUGGCUCAAUCCCGCUGCCAUAAAGGAGGUGUUUGAAGCUAGGGCCCUGAGGAUGGCGGUGAACUGUGCCCAGAACAUUAGCAAGGCGCCAAGCCAGGAAGAAGGUUUCUCCGAGCUCUCACCUGAUUUGCUCGAGGCUGCCGUGGCUCACGUCCAGCUGAUCAUCGUGACCAAGUUCAUCGAGAAGCUGCAGGAGGACAUCCCUGGUCCCGGGGUGAAGGAGCAGCUGCAGAAGCUGUGCAGCAUCUACGCGCUCCACCUGCUUCACAAGCACCUGGGCGACUUCCUGUCGACGGGGUGCGUCACAGCCAGGCAGGGCGCGCUGGCCAAUGAGCUGCUCGGCAAGCUGUAUGCGCAGGUGCGGCCUAAUGCGGUGGCGCUGGUGGACGCGUUUGACUACACGGACCACUACCUGGGGUCGGUGCUGGGGCGGUACGACGGGGACGUGUACCCGGCGCUGUACGAGGAGGCGUGGAAGGACCCGCUGAACGAGACGGUGGUUCCCGACGGGUACCAGGAGCACCUCCGGCCGCUGCUCAAGCAGCAGCUCAAGCUGUCCAGACUAUGAUACAAUAGAUCCUUCCUUCCUGAAUCUAUCCACGUUGGAUUGGACUGUGGAUGUGAAGCAGUAAUAAUUAUCACAAGGAAAGAGGUGAUUGGUUGUUGUUGACUUGGCAAGAGGGACAGACAGACAUACUCCCUCCUUCCGCGAAUAAGUGUACUUCUAGAUUCAUAAAAGGGUAAUUAGCAUUAUACUGGGCAGUAUUAGUACGGUUGCUGUGGUUGUCAUUUUGGUUAAUGCAUGUUUGGCCAGUGGCUGUAUUAUUGGUAAUUAGCAUUAUACUUAUCAGUAGCAAGUGUGCGGAUGGAUUCUUUUCUAGAAUGUACAAGGAGGAAAAUUGGGAGAAUAAUGGAUGGAAUGGUUUAUCUUAAA